AUGAAGUUGACAAAUCCAGGCGCAGUUCCAGUGUAUACUGUCGCGGGGCCCUCGACGGCCAGGCCACUGCCAGACUGGCUUGCCCGCCGCAGGAAAAGAUCAUUCAAGUACGAUCCUGAGAAUCUCAACAACUUUGAACUAUUGCAAGAGUUCGAAUUCGAGGAAGGCAAGAUCAAUUGCGUCCGAGUAAGCGAAGAUGGCAACUGGAUCAUGAGCUCAGGGACCUACAAGCCCCAGUUUCACGUUCACUCGACUCAAGAGCUCUCCCUGUCCUUCUCCCGCCACACCAAGUCAGAGAAUACAACGUUCCUCCUGCUCAGUCCAGACUACUCCAAGAGCGUGCAUCUGCAGACCGACCGAUCCCUAGAGUUCCAUACGCCGAUGGGAUGUCACUAUGAGGUCAGGCUUCCCAGGUUCGGCCGAGACUUGGCAUAUCUCCGCCAGAGCACUGAAGUGCUCGUCCCUGCCGUCGGGUUGAGUUCGGACGGGUCCGGAUAUGGCGAGGUCUUCCGGCUCGAUUUGGAAAGGGGCCAAUUUCUCCGCCCAUGGCAGGUUGAUGUGGGCGAAGACGAACCCCAGAGCGGCCUUCAGGGAAGCAUACACGUGGGCGCAGUUAACGUGGCGGCCGUGGCAGAGAAGACGCACGGUCUCUGUGCCUUUGGUACCUCGAUAGGCACCGUCGAGUUCUACGACCCGCGCAGCAAGGGACGGGUGGCGGUCUUGGGAGGACAGGAGGGCGAAGUCACCGCCCUGGACUACAGCGAGGAUGGGUUGUCUCUAGCUCUGGGGACGAGCACAGGCCAGAUCCGCGUGUUCGAUUUAAGAAAUCCACGUCCUCUCCUGAAGAAAGACCAGGGCAUGGGACUUCCGAUUAAGAACCUGAUUCAUCUAAAAACGCCCACGGAGGAGCGUAAGCUUCUUUCUGCUGACAAGAGGAUAAUCAAGAUCUGGGACGAGCAGAGUGGGGACCUCUGGACCUCGGUCGAACCCUUAGUUGACAUCAACUUCGUCACUCAUGUCCCGGACUCGGGCAUGAUCUUGACCGCAAACGAGGGCAAGCAAAUGCACAGCUUCUUCAUUCCGAACCUAGGACUUGCCCCGAGGUGGUGCCAUUUCCUGGACAACCUGGUUCACGAAAUGGAGAACGAGACCCACACAGAGACCUACGACAAUUACAAAUUCUUGACGAUGCCCGAGCUCAAAUCCCUCAGCUUGGACCAUCUUGUUGGGAAGACCAACCUGCUUCGACCAUAUAUGCACGGCUACUUUGUGGCUGCCAAGCUCUACGACCAGGCUCGUCUCAUUGCCAACCCAUACAUUUGGGAAGAGGAGAGGGCAAAGAGAAUCAAGGAGAAAGUCGAGAAGGAGCGCGCCAGCCGCAUCAGAGGAGUCAAGAAGGUCAAGGUCAACCAGAAGCUGGCGGACAAGAUACUGCAACGACAGGAUAAGAGAGGCAAGGUGGAUAUCGAAGCGGGUCUUCUGGGUGAUUCUCGUUUUGGUAAAUUGUUUGAGGAUGAAGAAUUUAAGGUGGACGAGACCAGCCGAGAGUUCCGGGCGUUGAACCCUAGCACUAAGGUGCCCGGGGCCGAAGGGACCCAAGAUCGGGACACCCACAUGGGGGGUGCUGAUUCCAGUGACGAUUCCAGUGGCUCGGAAGACCAAAGCGAGCAUGGGAAGCCCAGGGACGAAGUGGUCAUGCAAAUCUCUUCUUCGAAAGCACAGGGUGGCCAGCUCAGAGACACCGCACUUGGUUCCCGAACGCAGAAGAACACGCGGGCCACAAAGACUCGGACAGGCGACGUUGUUGGCGAACAGCAAAUAACGUUCGUACCAGAAUCUAAAAGGAAAAGCAAGCCCCCACCCGAGCCGACGAGCAAGCGCAAAGACGCGAGACGGAGCGCCAGCACAAACACCUUCCGACGGCUCUAGACGCCAAACCGCCUUGGAAACCCGCCCAAUUCUUAUAUACUAUACAUGCCAAAAGAGAACAGAACAUGCGAUAUCCAUUUCCAAAUAUACCCAUUGCUUCGUGAAAACGACCCACAUCCGCAAAAUGCACAUCAACAUCAGGAUCAUGCCCCAUUUCGACAUGCGUCUCUUGCCGAAGCCAUAGGCCUCGCCGCCGCCUCGCUUCCUCCUCCGAGUCUCAUUCCAAUCCGACCCACUCACUCACUUCCGGCUAAAGUUAGCAAGCUUCUUCUUCUUCCCCCCUUGUUUAUCCUGGCUGUUGUUAUGGUUCUUGUCGCCAACAACUCCCUUCUCGAGAUCGAGAGCCAGGUGCUCGGGUUUGAUUUUGGGCGUGGGUGGCACGUCGUCCAGCCGGACCCG